AUGCGCUUCACAUCCUCACUUCUUGUCGUUUCUUAUCUCUUUACCCUAGGCAACUGCCAUUCAGUAAUUCUCAAUGCGCAGGGUAUUUCCAAUUCUCCAGCAAGCGUUGGCUUUCAAGUUGACCCUGCUAUCGCUCGUAAUUGCAUAAACAUCAAUCCUUGUCAACAAGACGCAACUAUUAUUCGAGACGCAGAAAUCAAGGCCAAUCUUGUAAAUAAGUGCGGCCGCACGCAAUUGAAGGGAAACAUUGAUGUUGGGGAAAACACCGAAAAUGCCAUCGCGGCCAAGGCGGUUACUCAAGUGAAGAAGGGGAGUGAUAUCACCGUUACUCUUCACCAGGUUAAUGCCGACGGUGCUGGCCCGUACAUUUGCGAUGUUGACGAGACCGGCAAUUCUGGCACUUUCACAAAUCUCACCGUGGCGAACAAUGUCCCUGGAUCCAAUGGUCUCUCACAAACCAGGGCAACAGCGUUCAACAUCACGGUCAAAAUGCCGGAUCAGUUAAAGUGCACAGGAGGUUCCACCGGCAAUGUAUGUGUUGUUCGUUGUCGCAACACAUCCGUGGCUGGUCCAUUCGGCGGUUGCUUCCCCGUGGAGCAAGUUGACACCGAGAAAACCAUCAACUCCCCCGCCAGUAUCAAAACGAAAGUGUCAUUGGUCGAAAUGGCCAAUGAGGUAGAGGCGAACCAGGCCGCUUUUAAAGAUGCGGUGAGAGCCAACGAACGAGCUGGUUCCGAUGUGUCCAAGCAAAACCUGGCAAUUGUAAAUGCCCUCCUUAACGAGACAGUAGUUACCAAGUCUUUUGCUGAAGAGACUCCAACCGUGGUUGUUGGCGGCGGCGAAGCUCCUGCUGUCACAUCUAUUCAACCAGCCAAAGGGCGGAAUGGCAAUUGCAAUAACAAUAGGAACAAGAACAGUAAUAGCAAUGGCAAUGGCAAUGGCAACGGCAACAGGAAUGGAAACGGUACCAGAAGAAAUAACGAAACCCAAAACGCAUAG